UCUUGUCAAAAUCUAGACCAUCUCGGUCAGUACAACUCUGGUGAUUGGGCAUCGCGCUUCGUAUGACAAAACAAGUUUGAAUUUCGGGAGAGAUAGUUUCAAAGUGAUUGUAGUUGAAUAAAAAAUAAGCAAUGUCACUCCAGUCGAAGACUAAUCUGGUUGUGCUGAUGUCCAUAAUUUUGAACAGUGAACUGACACUUUGCAGACCACAGGAAAAAGUCCCGCAGCAAGAACAGAGCAAUGAGCUGACCAAAGAAACCGAAAUCGGAGAGGCGAAGGUCUAUGGUCUGAUUCACAAUGAUUCGGAAGGAAAAGAUGCAAAACUAGAAAAGGAAGACUUCGACUCAAAAGUUCUUACCGUCCUCGAAGGUAUUCAGCAGAAGAUCAUCAACUCGUGGAAUCCCGGAGCCGUUAUCGACAAAACCAAACCGGAGGACUGGGAACGCAACCCCAUCGAGGACUACGAAGCGCUUCGGUCGGGUAUCGUCAAAGUAGUUGAUUUCAUAGCUAAACAGAUCAAUGCCGCCAUUGAUGCACCAAAAAAAGUUUCGAAAAAAAUUAACAAAUCGAUUACCAAAUCUCUCAACGAUAUCGGUAACAAGCUGGUAGGACUGGAGUGAUACAACAUAUGAUCGUUUUAUUGCGAGUUUUUUGUUUUAUUGUUCUUUUGUAAAUAAACUCUUACAUUACGACCUCUAUUGCUUUGGAAUGUCUUCUUUUUUUUGGUUAGCUAUCCGUUAUGGAACCAACGCUGUAUGAUUCUGUUUAUAAAUAACUUAAUAAAAACGGAAUUGUUGAAAAUGAACAGUUGCAACAGAUGUUUAACACUAAUGUAUCAAUUUUAAAUAAAUGAUUAAUCGUU